UGGGGGGGCCCGGGGGUCGGCAGCCGCUCGUGGUGGACCUGCGGAGCGACACGGUGACCCGGCCGUGUGCGGCCAUGCGCCGGGCCAUGGCCCGCGCCGCCGUGGGCGACGACGACUACGGGGAGGACCCGGCGGUGAACGAGCUGCAGCGCCGGGCCGCGGCCACUCUGGGCACCGAAUCCGCUCUGUUCGUGCCCACGGCCACCAUGGCCAACCUCAUCGCCGUGAUGUGCCACUGCCAGCGCAGGGGGGCUCAGCUCUUCCUGGGCCGGGACGCCCACCUGCACGUCUACGAGCACGGCGGGGCCGCGCAGGUCGCCGGUGUGCACUCCCAGGCACUGCCAGAUCUGCCGAAUGGCACCUUCGACCUGGAGCAGCUGGAGCUGACCAUCCGCGAGGCCCACGGCAGCCGGUACCACCCGCGUCCUGAGCUCAUCUGCCUGGAGAACACGCACAGCUCGGCGGGCGGCCGGGCACUGCCCCUCACCUAUCUCAGGCAGGUCCGCGGGCUUGCAGACCGUUACGGGCUGCGGGUGCACAUGGACGGCGCACGGCUGAUGAAUGCAGCAGUGGCCCAGGGCGUGGAGCCAGCCCAGAUUGCCCAGCACUGUGACUCUGUGUCCCUCUGCUUCUCCAAGGGCCUGGGCGCCCCGGCGGGCGCGGUGCUGGCGGGCAGCGGGCAGUUUGUGGCCGAGGCCUGGCGCGUGAGGAAGCUGCUGGGCGGGGGCAUGCGGCAGGCGGGGGUGCUGGCGGCCGCCGCUCUCCUCGGGCUGCAGCACGCCAAGGAGACACUGAGCAGGGACCACGAGCACGCCCGGAGCUUUGCAGAAGGUACCUCAGGGCCCCGAGGGUGCUGGGCUCUAACAGCACACCUGGCACAGCCCAGCAGUACCACCCUGCUGCUGGUGCCUUGGGCACAUCCCUGCACGGCCACACUGGGUCUCCAGCCGGGUGAGGAUGCUGCUGGGAUCCUCACCUGGCUGCAGUGCCGGGAUCAUGGCAUGACCGUCCCCGUGCUGUGCUCAGUGACCCUGGUACCACAUGCGGGAGAAAGGGCUCUCCUUCCCCCAGAACCUCUGGGAGGGGCAGGUAGCCUGUUCCAGGUGGCUGGGCAGGGGGCUUGCACACCCGGGCCUCCCGCAGGUGUCCAGGCGCUGGACUCUCCGCUGUGCUCCGUCAGCCUGGCAGCAGUGGAGACCAACAUCGUGAUGCUGGACGUGCCGGGGGCCUGGCCGUGCCCCGCCGAGCUCUGCGAGCGCCUGCGCGCCGUCAGCGAGGAGGAGGAGGCCGAGGCCGGGCGGGCUGUCAGCGUGCUGCUGCUGCCCUGGUCGGCGCGGGCCCUGCGCGCCGUCUGGCACCGCGACGUCUCGGCCCGCGGCACCGAGCUCGCCCGGAGAAAGCUGGAGUUUGUGGCCAGGAAGUGCCAGGAGGAAUUGGCCUCGGGACUGCAUCGAGCGCCUCCAGGCACGGGGGGAGCCUGAGCGUUGUGCCAGCCCCGCAGCUGCGGCGCUUGGGCAGCCCAGAGCAAGCGGUGGGAGCGGCCCCUUUGUGCUCCAGAUGUGCGCCCAGCCGUCUGAAACAUGACAUCAGCCCUCACAGGCAGCCUGACAAACCAGUGUGAGCCCAGCCCAGCGGAGACCGCAGCCCCUGAGACAGUCAGUGCACAAAAUAAACACCUUUUGGUGGUACUGUC